AUGUCACUCCGCACCACUCCGGAGACCCGCUUCGAUAGCUUAAAUGUCUACACCACUUCAUACAAGAAAAUCGGCGACCAUGAAAUCGAAGUCAAUGUCCUUGUACCUAAAGGGAUCUCGCCUGGGAAGCAUCCGUUGAUGGUCAAAUGGCACGGCGGAGGUCUAACCACAGGAACAGCACUGUACCCCCCAUGGUACUCUGCUUAUAUGAUCCCACUCAUUGUGCGCAACAAAGCGAUCGCCAUUGUUCCAAAUUACCGGCUGACUCCAGAGCACACUGGUGAUGAGAUCCUAGAAGACAUUGCUUCCCUAGGAAACUGGCUUACGUCUUCGCUGCCCACGUACCUUGCAUCCAAAGACUCUUCCAUAGAGCCCGACUUUUCCAGGAUCUUAGUCACAGGCGAUUCUGCCGGCGGCUGGAUGGCGCUCCAGUCAGUCCUUUCUCUACCAGAAAAGACAUUCCGUGCUUGUUUCAUCCAGUAUCCUGUAGUAAACGCCAUUCCUUAUUCUCCGGACGAUACCAUCUUGGGUGGCCCUUUCCCACCAAAGAAGAACCUGGACGAUUUCCUUGCAACCAUGAAACCGGGUACCGUCGUCAGUGCAGCUACUCCGCCUGCUCGCAGCCAAAUCAUGCCCCUACUGCUGGCAUACGGGCGCUGGGAUGAGUUCUUUGGCACUGGACAGCACCUCAUGCCGGACACGCGUAUUGAGACUGCAAAGUCUUUUAUUCCCACAUAUGUUCUGCAUGGCAAGGAUGAUAGCAUUGUGCCUAUCAAGUGGACGGAGAAGUUUGUAGAGAGAGCGAGGGAGUUGUUUCCGGACACGAGAUUCGACUUGGUCGCGCGGCCCGGUGAACAUGGUUUUGAUGAUUCAAUCUAUGAAGAGGACGAGCCGUGGCUUGCGGACAUGGUGAAGAACGUUGAGAAGGACUGGUUGGAGUGA